GCGUCGGAGGAUCCAGUGGGAAUGGCAGGGAGGACGCUGUGGCCUAGGGAGUAAAACCUCACGUCUUGUGGCUGUAGGUCUGAGGCGGUGCUGCAGAAUGUGCGGGCGAACAUCCUGUCACUUGCCUAGAGAUGUUCUCACAAGGGCCUGUGCCUAUCACGAUCGUCAGGGCAGGCGGCGGCUCCCCGAGUGGAGGGACCCCGAUAAAUACUGCCCCUCGUACAACAAGAGCCCCCAGUCGAGCAGCCCAGUGCUUCUCUCGCGGCUGCACUUUGAGAAGGGUGCAGACUCAUCAGAGCAGAUAAUUAUUCCCAUGCGAUGGGGCCUGGUUCCAUCUUGGUUCAAAGAAAAUGAUCCUUCCAAGUUGCAGUUCAACACUACCAACUGUCGUAGUGAUACCAUCCUGGAAAAGCAGUCAUUCAAGGUUCCUCUGGGAAAAGGACGACGUUGUGUUGUUUUAGCUGAUGGAUUCUACGAGUGGCAGCGGUGUCAGGGAACAAACCAGAGGCAACCAUAUUUCAUCUAUUUUCCUCAAAUUAAGACAGAGAAGUCCCCGACCAGGAUGCCUGCCAUACUAGAUGGAGAAGAGGCAGUCUCCAAAUGGCUUGACUUUGGUGAGGUCACCACUCAGGAAGCUCUGAAGUUAAUCCAUCCCAUAGACAAUAUCACCUUCCAUCCAGUUUCUCUAGUGGUGAACAACUCCCGAAACAACACUCCUGAAUGUCUGGCUCCUGCUGACUUGGUGACUAAGAAGGAGCCCAAGACAAGUGGCAGCAGUCAAAGAAUGAUGCAGUGGCUGGCUACAAAGUCACCCAAAAAAGAAGCCCCUGGGUCACCCAAAAAGGAUGAGUCAGGUAUACCCCAGUGGUCCAGCCAGUUUCUACAGAAGAGCCCAUUGCCUGCUAAAAGAGGUGCCACCAGGAGCCUCCUGGACCGGUGGCUGAAGCAGGAGAAGGAGGAAGAGCCCAUGGCCAAGCGGUCUCACAGCUAGGCCACACUAAAUUACUGUUAUCACCAGUUGACUGGAAUUGUGUCCAAUUACUUGGGAACGUGGUAACACCAUGUCAGUUUUGGGCCUAGGAGAACCAUGGCUACAUGAGAAGAAGAACACUGGCUGCCAUGGCCAGCCCUGCGGGGCCUCUACCCUUCCUGGCUCAGCUGGUAGUCUUGCCUCCUGCUGGGAGCUUUACUUCUGUUCUGGUGGUCCUGGAAGGAGGCUCUUCUCUAUCUCUAGGCUCUCUUUCUAUUUUGUAAAUAAAUUAUGUUUGAUAAACCUUG